AUGCAGCCUCCAGAAACCCAACCUUCCAGUUCUCAGUCCCGCCCCCGACAGAAAUUUGCCACUCUGGAUUGGUUCCCAGCACCCAGUCUCCUCCUCUGGCUCCUAGAUCGUUGGGCCUUUUCUCUGCCCCUCCUCGACAGCAAGGAAGUACGACCUAAGACCAAAGAAAAAGGGACAAAAGCUGGGACACAGAAGAAGAAAAGGAAUGCAGCUGUUGAUGUGGAGACUGAAUCCAUGCACAGGCUGGCACUGCUGGAAAAGGAGCUGCUCCAAGACCACUUGGCUCUGUGGAGGGAUGAGGCCUGCCAAGCCAAGGCUUCUGAAGACCAGCUGAAGCAGAGGAUACAAAAACUGGAGGCUGAACUGGAGGGGGCCUGGAGUGAAGGGAAGGCCAUAUAUGCAGAGAUGAGUCAUCACUGCUGCACCCUGCAGGAGGUGAUGGAGACCCACAGCAGGCAGCUGGAGGAGGAAGUGAGGGGCCUUCGGGAGCAGUUAGAGAUGUGCCAGAGGGAGGCUGAGGCUACACAGAGAGAGGCUGUGCAGGCCCUUGGAGAGUGGGACCGAACUCUGGCUCAGCUUCGGGCCCACAUGGCAGACACGGAGGCCAAAUGUGAGGAAAUCUUACAUGACAGCCUGGACUGGCUCUCGGCCAAACUGAGAGCCGUCAAGCCUCAGUGGGAUGGGACUGUGCUGAGACUCCACGCCCGGCACAAGGGGCAGGUCCACCAGUUUGGACAACCCCCUGGAUCUUUGACGGUGAGCCUCUAG